AUAUGAAACUGGUGACCAUGUGGGUGUUUUUGCUGAAAACUGUGAUGAAACUGUUGAAGAAGCUGGAAAGUUGUUGGGUCAGGGUUUAGAUUUGUUGUUUUCCCUCCACACUGAUAAUGAGGAUGGUAUUCCCCAAGGAGGUUCUCUGCCACCUCCUUUUCCUGGUCCUUGCACACUGCGAUUUGCUUUAGCACAUUAUGCAGAUCUCUUGAACCCCCCGCGAAAGGCUGCUUUAGUUGCUCUGGCUGCUCAUACUUCUGAACCUAGUGAAGAAGAUAGAUUAAAGUUCCUUUCUUCUCCUCAAGGGAAGGAUGAGUACUCCAAAUGGGUGAUUGGUAGUCAGAGAAGUCUCCUCGAGGUAAUGGCUGAGUUUCCAUCAGCAAAACCGCCCCUUGGUGUGUUUUUUGCUGCAGUGGCCCCUCACUUACAGCCUCGCUAUUAUUCUAUUUCAUCCUCUCCUAGGUUUGCCCCGCAAAGGGUACAUGUAACUUGUGCCUUAGUUUGUGGUCCGACUCCUACUGGAAGAAUUCACAAAGGAGUAUGUUCAACCUGGAUGAAGAAUUCUAUUCCCUUAGAGAAAAGUCAUGACUGUAGUUGGGCUCCUAUUUUUAUUAGGCCAUCAAAUUUCAAAUUACCAGUUGAUCAUUCCAUUCCCAUUGUUAUGGUUGGACCUGGUACUGGCUUGGCACCUUUCAGGGGAUUUUUACAGGAAAGAUUGGCCCUUAAAGAGGAUGGUGUUCAAUUAGGUCCUGCAUUACUCUUCUUUGGAUGCAGGAAUCGUCAAAUGGAUUAUAUUUAUGUGGAUGAGCUAAAGAAUUUUGUGGAUCAAGGUGCUCUGUCAGAGUUGAUAGUUGCAUUCUCUAGAGAGGGACCUGAAAAGGAGUAUGUUCAACACAAAAUGAUGGAUAAAGCAGCAAAUCUGUGGAGAUUGAUUUCUCACGGAGGUUACCUUUAUGUCUGUGGUGAUGCUAAGGGUAUGGCGAGAGAUGUUCAUCGGACUCUUCAUGGCAUUGUGCAGCAGCAGGAAAAUGUGGACUCAUCCAAGGCAGAGGCUUUAGUGAAAAAACUCCAGAUGGAUGGACGUUACCUUAGAGAUGUCUGGUAA